CCCCAAGAACCACAACACUUCACUGUUUGCUAUCGUACUCAGUACACCGCGCUUCCAAACGAAACCGACCCUAUCAACUACACUCUUCUCAAUACAACCCACCGGGCGCGAGCGCGCCACAAGAUCACCCUCGCCUAUCCAAUCCACUCCACCGCCAUCAACCAAACAAUCCACGACACCCCCUCAAAGCAACAAUGGCAACGCCAACACCAACACCAACAUCUACGCCACCCCUCCCCCUCCCCCUCCCCCCCUCGGAACGCCUCGCGCUCGAACAAAAAGCGCGCUACGACCGCCUAACCCGCAACCUCGCCAUCGGCGGCCUAAUAACCUGCCCAGUAAUCGCGCUCCUCCCGCCCCGAAAACUAGACCUCUACACCUUCUCCCUCGCAAUCGGCUUCUACCUGUCCGCCGACCACCUCGCGCAGUCGUCGACGGGCCGCCCGCUGCUCCAGCAAUUCAGCUUCACCAACCCCGUCACCACUCUGCCCACGGAGCGCGCGGAGCGCAAUCGCGAACUCCUCAAGGAAGCCGAGAGAGUGAGGAGGGAAGGGCUCGGGGAGUUGAAGGACAAGGAGAGGGAACGCGGCGUGCUUGAGAGGGUUUGGAUGGGGGGUGAGAGCGAGGGGUGGAAGGAACGCAGACUCGAGGAGGAGAGGAAGGCUUUGGAGGAGGGGAAGAGCUUUGCUGAUAUGAUUUUUGAGCAGAUUUGGCAUGUUUGGAAUUGGGGGGAUGAUAAGGAGAACAAGAAGGAGUAG